AUGCUGGAACAAGCAGGGAACAAAAUAACUACCGACGGCAGCAAGGAUAAGGAUCAACAUCAAGGUCUUCUGCGGGAAGAUGAAAAUGAAAAUGAAGACGGCUACGGGGCGAGCCUGCCAAGUGACUAUCUGGAGGGCAGACCGUGUUCGCUCGAGCAGAAAAAAAGUGCACACAGCAACACCGGACGAGUUCUUGGCGUCGAAGCAGCUGCUUGUUCCGCCACAUCGUCCUCUGCCCUAGAACCACCUCUUCCAGACUCCUCGUUAACAACACCCCAACAUGACGUCGGUGAAAUCGAAAACUCGCAGCACGCGCGAACCAGAACGAACCUGCAAUCCCUGAAUAAUUCCACGAUCGACUUUGACAAGGACACUCUCCCGCACCCGCUCCUGCUUGCCAUCGCCCCGCGGGUGAAACGCGUGUUGCGCAAAGCCGUGGCGCAGGACUUGGCCCUGUUUUGCAACGCAUACGCCAAAUUGCAAAUCCGCUGCCUGUACGUAGUGCAGAAGUGAUAUCGCACUACUAGGUAGUGAAAAAGAAAACUCGAACUGCAUGAUUUACAAACUUGCGCAGCAGCAUAUAAUGAUAAAUGUAAAUCAAAUUUGUCUUGCCGAUUUACAUUUAGUGUGGAAAGGCAAAGGAGCUUUUCUGUCAUAAUGCUUAACGACCGCAAGUAGUACGAGUGCGACACUUUUGCAUAGGAUAGCCUGCCGGUCUUUAAGUGGUUGUCAGCGGAGAUCCCGCACAAACUGACGUUUUUUGAUAUGGCGUCCUCAAAUGUUACACUCAGUCACUGCUGUUACAUGAAGUUGGAAAAAUGCAAGAACUGAUUCCUGUGGUAUAAAAUGAAAGCGGGGCGCCGGCGCUUGCGCGUCAUGCUCCACAGAUGAUUUGGCAAGGAUUUCAAUGCUUGCUGGCGCAUGAGAAACUUUUCAUGCGAAGUGGAAGCAAGUUGUAGCUGGAUCGAUCGUGUGAAGAGUCGCCUUAGUUGUAAUUUUGCAUGACAAAUUCAAAUCACGUGUCUUAUCAGCGACUAAGUGAUGUAGCGUUCUUUGAAAGUGCCAUAUUUGAACCGCAACACCUCGCCAUGGUUGCGUCGGCCUUCGCGAACUUGCAGAUCCCCGAUAGACUGUUGAUGGGCGAGAUUCGGACGGAGAUCCUGCAACGCCGGCCCGAAGAUUUCGAGAUGUCGCAGAUCGUCAUUCUGGCGAGUGCGUAUGCGAAGGUGAAAGGGAAUUUCUACGCGCAGAAAGAAAUCAUGCUGAUGCGGACGAGAAAUAGUUUGUUAAGGUUGAACAAACUAGGUAGUGUUGGACGGCAUAAUUCCCAGGGACUGGGACACGG